AUGCCGACCCUGUCCACACACGCUGAGCUGGUCCUGGGCUCCUCUCCCUCGUCUCCCCUCUCUCCCCCAUCUCCCCUGGACUCCAGUCCCAGUCCCAGGCGCCUGUCCUGGGGGAAGCUGGUCCAGAGACUAGCAGACUUCAGCGGGAGCAUGGAUUCCAGCAGUGACCUGUCCGACUCUGCCUCGGACACAUCUGGAGACCUGAGUCCGUCCGACGACUUAUUCUUCGACCCGAUGGAGGAGCACCUUCUGAAGGAGGUGGUGGAGCUGAUCGCCUGCAGCCUCCGCGACGCCAAAGACUCUGAAUGUGCCUUACGCUGCUCUCGCCUCCUCAUUCCCGACAAACUGCUACAGCACAUUGGCCGUGAACUGGUCCACCAGGCCGCAAGUGAGCCCUGCGGCCUCCGGGGGGCGCUAAUUGACUUGUGCGUGGAGGGCCAGGACCAGAGCUGCGAGAGCGUGAGCCAGCUCUCUGUGGACCCCUACCUGGUGCCUACCUUCCAGCUAGCUCUGGUGCUGAGGCUCGAGACCAGCGGGAUAUGGCCCAAGAUACAAGGACUUUUCAGCCCCUCGUCUCCGCUUGCGGGCGUGAUUCGGCAGGAGGUCAAACUCAGCACUGGUUUCAGGGUGAUUAAGAAGAAAUUGUACUGCUCUGAAGAACUGCUCAUAGAAGAGUGCUAA